UCACAUUGUGUCAGGCGGCUACGAAGUAAACGCUCAACUCCCCCUUGAAACGUCACGGGAGAUUUCAAUAUUUAAAGAUUGCAACAAGUGAGGACAAAAGUUUUGCCCAAGAAGCGCUGUGAGCGACAGUCCCGUGUAAAGGCUGUAGUGCUAUAUCUUUUCUUCAACCGGAUUUCAGGAUACUUUCUUUCUUUUGUCACCAUGCCUCAGACGGUAACUCUGAGUGGUCCAUCACCGUGGGGUUUUCGCCUUGUGGGUGGACGGGAUUUCAGCACGCCGCUGACCAUUUCGAGGAUAACAGCGGGCAGCAAGGCAGCGCUGGGGGAGCUGUGUCCAGGGGACACCAUCCUGGCCAUCAACGGGGAGAGCACAGACGCCCUCACACACAUGGAGGCCCAGAACAGGAUCAAGGCCUGCACAGGCCAGCUGGUACUGGACAUCAGCAGAUCUGACCACAAGGCCUGGAGUCCAGCUGGGACAGAGGACGGCAAGACCAGCCCGUACUCCGUCUGCUCCGAGACCGACUCACAGGGCUUUCGACCCAUCACCAGUGGCUACGUCCAGAGCCCGUGGCAACAGCAGCAGCAUGUGGGCCUCAACAAUGGAAACUCCAAGCCCAGCAGUGCUCAGUACAAUAACCCGGCCGGCCUGUACGGCAGCAACGCCACCAACACUGCCCACUCUGCCCCCCCUGCCCACGCUGCCCCCCCUGCCCACUCCGGCUACUCCAAUGGUGACCGUGGGCUGAAUAAACACAUGGCCAGCCUCAGCCUGGUCUCCCCUCACAGUCCAGAGCCCAGGGUCCACUCUCCCAGCAGUGGGAACGGCGUGGACACGCAGUCCGACGUCUACAAGAUGCUCCAGGAUCCUGAGGAGCCGGUGUCCGCUCCCAAACAGUCCGGAUCGUUCCGGUACCUGCAGGGAAUACUGGAGGCCGAGGAUGGAGGUACCUCUCCCACAGAGAGAGGGCCGCGGGGCCUGCGCUCCCCUGUCCGGUCCCCGGUGCCCAAGCUGGGCCCCGUGUCUCCAGGACCUGCAGCUGGCCUUCAGAAGCUCCCACAGUGCACACGCUGUGGCAACGGCAUCGUGGGCACGAUAGUGAAGGCACGAGACAAGCUGUACCACCCCGAGUGCUUCAUGUGUGACGACUGCGGGCUGAACCUCAAACAGAGAGGCUACUUCUUCAUCGAGGACAGCCUGUACUGCGAGACCCACGCCAAGGCCCGCGUGCAGCCGCCCGAGGGUUACGACGUGGUGGCCGUCUACCCAAACUCCAAGGUGGAGCUGGUCUAAUCCCCACGCCAAGCACUCGCCCGACCUCCCACACACACACACACACACACACACACACACACACAUCAGCAAUAACCUAUUAUCUAUGCACUGUAUGCUCCCUGCCUUCUACACAGCAGCUCAGAGACAGAAAGGAAAAGAGCUCCUGAUGACCCUCUAAAGGGCUCCUGAUGACCCUCUAAAGGGCUCUGAUGACCCUCUAAAGAGCUCUGAUGACCCUCUAAGGCUUUUCAAGCUCACAGCUGUAAUGUUCUAAUUUCAGUGCUUUUAUGUUUUAUACACAGCAGUAGGACUCUCUGGACUCUCUCUCUCUUUUUCUCUCUCUCUAUCUCUCUCUCUAUCUCUCUCUCUCUCUAUUUAUCUCUCUCUCUGUUACGCACUCGCUGAUUUGAAUAUUAGAAUGUCAGGAUUCAAUAUACUCGACUCUGAACGGGAGUGUUAGCAGCUGGAAUGGGAAAUGAAUGGUUGCCAUGAGCAGCAGUGUCAGCGCACAUUACUGACCCCAUUUACCUAUCAGUGCCAGAGUGAAAUCCUAAAGGCCAGACCUGAGGUUAGCACGUCCUUGUGUGAAAGCAGGUACUUUUGCUUGUCGAUGCCCUACUUUAUAGCUUCUUUUCAAACACAUUCCAUCACACACUGUCUUCUGGGUACGGAGCACAUCUUUCAGAGAGCAAUGGGGAGCUCAACGAGAGGAAAAGGGAGAGAGAGGAAGAGGGGGAGAGAGAGAGAGGGAGAGGGAAAGAGAGAAAGAGGGCAAGAGAGAGAGUACAGGGCCCUGGAAUAGGUUGAACACUAGCGUCUGUACCUAUGAGGCAUAUGGAACCAAUACUCUAACCAAUACUCAUAUGGAACCAAUACUCAUAUGGAACCAAUACUCAUUUGUUUUGGGGUUUUGGCCCAGUUUGCAGAGACUGUCCAUAUGUUUCUGGCAUUUAGAAGAUUAUUGAUUUGUUUUGUUUGAAUGACCAAAUCUACUUUCAGUUUUAUAGGUGAAUUAUUGUUAAAUUGUCUCAAAAACAUACCAUGUAUCUUUGCGGCCAAUAUACUAUUUUUUCCGACAAAGCUGUAAAGCUAACAAAUGAAUUGUUCGAUACAUUUUGAAGUGAUAUUUUCAGGUAAAAUGAAUGCAUGUUUGCAGUGGUAAGCUGAGAUGAUGCCAGUGGAUAUGUAAAUGAUGUCAUGUUUUGUGUCUUGAGUUGUGUAUAUAUGAAUGUGUGCCACUGUGAUUGGCCAGCAGUAGCGUGCCUUGGCUCAUUGCGCUCCUCGUGCUUUCAUACUGUUGAAAUACUAACAGGUCGUCGAGGUAGAUGACUCCUUUACGAAUCUCUUAACUUAUUGUUUUGCCUACAUGUUCUUCAGUUUGUUUUUUUGUAAUUUGAAUAAAGAGUGAAAAAGUG